AUGCAAGAGCUGAAAGCAAACAUGGCGGUUUUAGCUAAAGAAGCAACCGCUGCAUUGGCUGCUGUUGAAUCACAGCAACAUAGACUUGCUUUCCAGAGGCUUGUGGCUAUGAUGGUAACCGAGAAACAACACAAAGAAUCUGCUCCUCCUGCGAUUCCAACUGAGAACAGCUCAGAGAAAACAUCAUACUUUCUAGCUGAAGUGAUUCAUCCGUUUUCCGCUGCUUCAAAGAAAGAAUUACAUUUGGACAAAGGAGAUUACGUCGUUGUCCGAAAGGUGAGCCAGACUGGUUGGGCUGAAGGAGAAUGUAAAGGCUAA